AGUUGCCAAGAACAUGCAAAGGGAAAAGGACAAUCUCUUCAAUAAAUGGUGCUGGGGAAACUGGAUAUCCACACGCACAACAAUGAAAUGGGACCCUGAUCUUACACUACGUAGAAAAAUCAACUCAAAAUGGAUUAAAGACUUAAACAUAAAACCUGAAACUAUAAGAUUACUAGAACACAGGGGAAAACUUCUUGACAUUGAUCUAGGCAAUGAUCAACUUGGAAGCAUCCUAGGAUGGAAUCUUGGGAAUGCCUAAAGGAGAAGAUCUUGCAUGACUUUCCUUAUAAACAUUAAACUGGUUGAAACAUAAACUAUAGCCCCGUCCUUUGACGUUCUGCUGUUCUGGGAUUUGGGCACUUCUGGCCUCCCGGCGACAUCUGGAGGGGCGCGGGAGCAGGAGUUACGCAUGCGCAGUGCUCCCGGGUUGCGGCGCAGACCGUACGCUCGCGCUCGCGGCUGUGCACACGGCGCGCACCCGUGCGCCCGGCGCUCAGGCACGCGCGCCUGCGUGGACGUGCGCGGUCGCGCUGUCCCGUUGUUCCUGGUUUCCUGGGAGCCGCAGAGCUGACCCUGCGGUCCAAGAUGUCCGAGCUGCCCGCAGACAGCACUGUGCCGCAGACAGGCGAGGCGAGCAGUGACAAAGACGUCCCGCAGGCGGAGGCAGGCGGCGGGAGCCAGGAGCUGGCCCCAGCGCAGCCUGAGGAGGCCGGGGAAAGCCCGAUGGCGGCGGCCAGGCAGGGCCCGGUGGCAGUGGCCAGGGAGGGCCCAGGGGCGGUGGCCAGGGAAGGCCGGAUGGCAGCGGCCAGGGGAGGCCCAGUGGCGGCGGCCAGGGGAGGCCAGGUGGCCAGGGAAAGUCCGGCGGCGGCAGCCAGGGAUCCCCGGGUGGCAGAGGUCGCCCGACUAUUUGGGGAGCAAGUGGAUGAAGAGGUUCCUGAGCCCAGGCCCAGGUCCAGGCACGCACUCGCUGGAAGCCUGGCUGCGUUGCCAUAUCUCCGCCUUCGUCCACCAGUUAGCGUUUUAGGCCUUAAUUACCAGCAGUUUCUCCGCCAAUAUCUGGAAAAUUACCCUAUUGCUCCGGGCAGAAUACAGGAGCUUGAAGAACGCCGCAGGCGAUUUGUGGAAGCCUGCAGAGCAAGGGAAGCAGCGUUUGAUGCCCAAUAUCUGCGUAAUCCUCGGAGGAUGGAUUUUGAUAUUUUAACAUUUACUGUAGCUCUGACUGCAUCUGAAGUUAUCAAUCCUCUGAUAGAACAACUUGGUUGUGAUAAGUUUAUCAAUAGAGAAUAAUUAAGUGAUGAAUACUUCAAGAGAAUCUCUGCAUUCAAGACAGUUUUACCAAUCCUGUAACUUGAUGUUAAGAAGCCAGAGUAUAUUGAGCAUAAGGCGAUGCACAGUUGGGGGGGAAAAGAAGCUUAUCACAAAAAAAAAGCAUCACAAAAGAAAUAGAAAGCAUUAUAAGACUCUGUGAAGUUCUUUGAGUUUGUGAUUGAUCCACAUUCUUUUCCCUGCAUUGUGGAAAAUGUUUCUCAACAUUGCUUCAUUCAAAAGUAUAGAGUGGUUUUAUGAAAUUGAGACUCGAUGAAGAAAAACCACCAAUAAUACAGCCAGUGAUGAUGAAAGAAAUGAAGAAUAAAGAAAUACUACAUGAAAAGAAUAAAGAAUUACAGCUGAGACUUGACGGCUAUGGGCAGAACUUGAAAUUGUCAGAAUAUGUGCUCUCUUCAUGUUAGUUUCAACAGAAGUUUUAGUGUCACAUUGGUUUUGUGUUUUCUGAGGCAUUUCAAGUGGCAAGCAAAGUAAAUAUUGUAUAUAUUACAUGACAAGUCAUGUUUUCAGAAAUACCAAAUUUCUGGAUUUUUUUCAAUUUUUUAUUUUUUUAUUUUUAUUUAAAGUGGUUUUUUUUUUUUUUUUGCUAUAUAAUGUAUUCACAAGCCAAAAAUAUAUAAAAUAUACUGUGAAAAGUCUUCCAUUCUUGUCCUCCUUUACCCAGUACCACAACAGUUCCCCUUCUGCCCUUCUAGUUUCCUUAGGUAUACACAAGCAAAUGCACAUCUUGGUUUGUUCCAUUUAAUCACAAAAGUUGGUAUAUUUACUGGUUGGUACAUUGCUUUUUCAUUAAGAACAUAUCUUAAAGAGUGUUUCAACCCACUGUAUUUACCCAUUCCUUUUUAGAGCUGCUUUUUGUUCCAUUCUGUAGUUAUGUUGUAAUUUACUUAACAUAUUGAUGGACAUUUAGGUUAUUUUGCCUCUUUUUCUAUGGGUAAAAAAAAAUAGAACAGUCCAUCUUGUGUGCAUAUCAUUUGGCAUGUGCACAAAUACAGUAUUGCUUUGGUUCUAAAUGCACUUUUCAUAUUUUAACAUUUCUGAAAUUGGGUUAUAUCUUACAACUGAUGGUGUAAUAUCGCAUUUUGUCCUUGGGUUUUCAUAAAACUAAUGAUGUGUCUUAGCUUCUUAGAUUUUUUUGUUAUAUGUAAUAUCUGUAGGAUAAAUUCCCAGAAGUGGGAAUUCUGGGCUAAAGGUACUCAUUUGAAAUUUUAUAGAUACUGCUAAAUUGCCUUCCAUACGUGUACCUGCUUUAUAUUCCCACCAGCAUUUGAUGAACAUGGAUAUUUAUGUGGUCAACACAAAAGAGCCUCAAAUAUCUGGAUUUUACCAAUAUGAUAGUUGAAAAAAAAUGGUAUAUCAGUUUUAAUUUGCUUUUAUCUUACUAUGAGUGAAAACAGAUAUCUUUUCAUUUAAAGAAUCAAAUAUAUCCCCUUUUCCAUUAACCAUUCUCUGUUCAUAGCCUUUAUCCAUUUCUCUCCUGAAUAAUUGUGUCCUUUCUUUAUUGACUCUGAUAGCUAGUUAUGUGUUAGUGAAAUGCAGCGUGAUAGUGGCUUGUGAUAUGAGUUAUGAAUAUAUUUUUCCCCAGUUUGUCAUUUGGCUUUUCUU